CACGCAAUCGCACGGCAUUUGCAGCGCGGCGGCGGUAUAAAAAUCUAACCUCGCAACAAAAUAACUCUGUAGGUGGAAAGAAAAUAUUUAAAUGAACGGUGUUUACAAUAUAAAUUAUGAAUUGUGUAGGCGUAUGUGAUAAAUUUGUUGUGGUUGCAAAGGGUCUUGUUAUUGAUGUCUUUGAUUAUUCUACGCACAAAUACAUACAGGCGCCUAAAUUCCAAAGUUUAGAUGACGAUUAUAUUAAUGAUGUAGCCUUAUCAAAUAACACGAAACAUCUUGCUUUUAUCACAUCAGCUUCAAAGCAACUUCUGGUUUACUCUUUACCACUGACAAAAGAUGAAGUUUGUAAGACAUUCCAACUCCCAAGAAGUGCCAGUAAAAUAAGAUUUACAGCCAACAAUGAACAGAUAGUGGUUGCUGAUAAAAGUGGUGAUGUCCUUAUUUAUAAUAUUAAAGAAGAAGACAAUGGAUCUAAACUGUUAGGACAUCUUAGUUUACUUCUAGAUGUAUUACAAACAGAAAAUGGGAAACACAUCAUCACAUGUGAUAGAGAUGAGAAAAUAAGGGUAUCAUGCUAUCCAAAUACUUACAAUAUUGAAACAUUUUGCUUGGGACAUAGGGAAUUUGUAAAUCACAUAGAAAUGCUGCCACAUGACUCAAGAAUAUUAUCUAGCACAUCUGGAGAUGGUACAAUUUGUUUUUGGGACUACAUGACGGGAAGUCUUAUUUAUAAUAUUGACACAUUUGAUGACAUAGAAAAUGAGGAACUCAAAACUAAGUUUUCCCAACUUAUGGAUGAAGAUGGAAUAGAAGUCAAUGCUCUACCAAUAAUCCAUUAUAUAGUGACACAGAUAAAUGAAAUCAGCAGUUUGUGUGCAGUUUACAUACACAGUUAUAAUGCUGUGCUGUUUUACCAUGUAAAAACUAUUGACAAUCAAGUCACACAUUCUCUGGCUCAAAAAUUGACCCUGGAUUAUGUUCCAGCUGCAAUCAGAUUUUAUAAACUAUCUUUCUUUAUAUACAAUGAUGUGAAAAGCUAUAUUAAAAUAUUGAAUAUUUUAAUGGAUCAUGAUAAAUUUAAUUUACAAUUAGAAAAACAAAUAGACUUAGUUGAGUUGAACAAUAAAAUAGAAGAAACAAAAUACAACGUUGAAUCAAUCAAAAUUUUAUAUAAGCGUAAAUUUGAUAAUGUUCAAGAAUACCAGGAACGGAAGAAGCAGAGACUUGAAAAGAAUUCAAAAUAAAUCUUAUUAUCAAAUAA